AUGGAGCACAAAAUCGACCGGUUAUCCGAAUUGCCGGACCCUAUUCUAGAGCAUAUUCUAUCCUUCAUUCCCAUGAAACAAAUAAUUCAAUUUAGUAUAUUGUCCAAGACAUGGGAAAAAGUGUGGAGUUUAUUCCCCAUUCCAGAAUUUAAGCAACACCUCUUUACGCUCAAGGUUCAUACGCGCAAGGUUCUACCCAACGAGAAAGAAGAAGUGGAAAUCCAAAGAAAGAAACAAGAGUUCAAAAAUUUCGUGGAGAGGUGUUUACUAUGCCGCUAUAGGCGAAGGCUAACUAUAGACAAUUUUAGACUUCACAUGAUGUUGUUGGAUGAAUCAGAUUGUGCUCUUGUGAACCGUUGGAUUGGCUAUGCAAUUGAAUGCAACGUAAAGGAGUUGAAUCUUUACGUAUGGAUCAAUCAAAAGAGGUAUGAGUUGCCUAAGAAGAAGUAUGAGUUGCCUGAGAGUGUUCUCGCAGCAAAAUCAAUAACUAAACUGCAAUUGUCCAGGUGUAAGUUGAAGUCAUUUUACAGCGAUAUUAACUUAUCCUCUUUGAACAAGUUGGUUUUGGAAAUAACUGUGGAGAACCAAGUUGUCCAGUCUCUAAUCGAUGGUUGUCGUGAUAUGGAAGAGAUGACAUUUACAUCUUGUGAUGGGUUGAAAAGUAUACGGGUGUCGGGUCAUUCUAAACUUAAGGCCAUUGAGCUACUACAAAAUUCUGAACUUGAGAGUGUUGACAUUGAAGCAUCAAAUCUUGAAUCUUUAGUUUUCAGGCUUACGAGACCAUGCCAAAUCAACCUAGGCAAGUGUGAAAAUCUAAAGAAGUUAUCAUUGACUUCAUGCAACAUAACUGACAAAUGGUUGUAUGAUGUUCUUUCUAAACAUCCACUCAUUGACUGCUUAGACCUACGACUUUGCGAUAUGUUGAAAAUGAUUAAAAUUUCUAGCCGUCGCAUGAAGAGUUUGACCUUUGUUGUUUGUUGCAACCUAGUUGAAGUUGACAUUGUUGCUCCUAACUUACAUAGAUUCGAGUAUAUUGGUGAUGCAAUAUCCUUUUCUUUAAAUUCUUCAAGUCUAUCAGAAGUUAGUCUCACCUUAUUCGACGCUUUGGAUGCUGGAAUGAUUGAAUCCCUUGCAAAGUUAAGUCAGCCGAAAUUAUUGACUUGGAGUGGUUUUGAUGCCGAGAGUGUGAUUACUGCAAAAGAAUUGAGAGAAAUCCUACCAUCCCCAUUGUAUAAUGUUAAGCAAUUGAAGCUAGAAGCAUGUUCUAUACCUACAAGACAAAUCCACGAACUUGUGGAUGUCCUGUUGUGGAUUUGUCCUCUCAUGGAUAUUCUCUUUAUAGAAUGGCAGUACCAGGGGACAAUUGACAAUAUAUCUUUCAAGUUCACAUACGAAAAUCCUAUCUACAAAUUGAAAAGUCCCAGUUGUUGCAAUCUUCUUCCAGUUCUCUGUUGGCGACAUUGCUUAAAGACUAUCAAUAUUGAAAAUCUUAGUGGAUCCAUAGAAGAAGAGACUCUAAAGAAGUAUUUUUUCGAGAAUGCGGAAAUGUUGGAGAGCUUUCAUUAUUUAAAAGGAUCUACAUUGCCAGAUCAAGAAUUGUAG